CACCACUAGGCGUUACUGCCACAGCUAAAGUUCAUAAAUAAAAACAAACAUCUGCCUAAAUAUGUUCCUGAAAAGUGUUUCGUUGCGAAAGAGCGUCGUGGUCAAUCUUUGCGCAUUCAAAAGUUCCCCUGUGAGAAUCUUCACGGCUCAGACUUUGAGAGUACACCUGCAUAAUGUAUCUUUCUGUCGGGCUCUGUACAGGACUUAUGCUAAGUCAAGGUGGGAAACCAGCGACAACAUUUGGCAGGAAACCCGAAAGUUGCAAACAUCAUGAGUGGAUUAAGUCGCGCGAUUUCUGCAAGAAUAAGAUCGGGAAUAAGAUGCGCCAUGACACGUUUACCGGAUCAUCCCCUACGAGGUCAGUGCAGACUUCUAGCGCCCUCCUGCAUCAAGGAAAGGUAAGUCAUAAGGUGAUACCAUACUACGGAUUUCUGGAAUGCUUCCGAACCUCUCAUAGGAUUUUGAAUUGUUGCUUCCUUUUCUAUCCAACCAGUAACGACGCCAAACUGAGGACAUCCAGCGGAACGGAAUGGAUGUCAUGUGGCGCUCAUUGCAGCUCUGAGUCAAAAAAAUCGCAACAAGGUCAUCGUCAUGAUUCAAACCUUCAAAAAGGAAACCUAAUUCAAUCAGCGUGCCCGAUUGCGUGUCCACAUGAACAAAAGUUUGUCAAGCCCACAAACUGGAAACCGUACAGCGACCUGCUGUGCUAUCUUAAACGGAUUUUCAUCUAUAUAUAAGCACCACCCAGCGUGUGAUGCUUUCUAGCUCAUCUCACCGGUAUUCAUUCGGGUUUGCUGAAAUUUAUGUGAAAGACUUCCUGACGCUGGAAAAUCACAACCAGUCUUACUGAACUAUUAUUGGUUUGUAU